CAGGUUUAAUUUGUUAUGAUUCCACUUGUCAUUAUUUUUCAUUCGGCUCACUAUAUUAUGGGGAAACAGCGCCCUCUAUUGGUGGUCGGCUACGAUAAGAGUAGUGUGUACAGCUACCUCGUUGCCAUUAUAUGCAAGACGGGCACGAGGUGAGUUCUUCGCUGUUAGCACAGUGGUAAAGUAUGAUGUAUUAUGAGCCAUUGUCAAUUGUAUGAUCCCUGGCGGGAUGUAUUUAUGGCAAAUGAGGUACUACAUGCAUUUUAUUAUCGUUAUAACACUGUGCUACACUGUGUUUGGAAAUAACAGCUAGUUGAUGCUAAUUGCUAAUGCUGUUCCUCGUAGAGGUGCUGUGACUGCUGUGAAGAGCCUAUAUGUGACCAGUACAUAUCCUGUUCCACGCAGAUUAAACGCAUCAUCCCACAUCUUCCGUCUCUUGGCCAUCUUUAAAACACAACGCGGAGGUAUUAUACUAGGAAAACAAGACUACUUCUAUCUGGACCGAGCUGAACAAACAGACGGCCAAGUUCAGUACGGUUACAUUGGUGCCGUUACCCAUUCUUCGGCUGCAUCGGCGCGGGUGGGCUGCGUCUAUUUCCCGGAGCCGCUCGCAUCGGAGGUCCGUGGGCUGCGUCUAUUUCCCGGAGCCGUUCGCAUCGGAGGGCCGUGGGCUGCGCAUCGGACCCGGACGGCGGAGCACAGAGCCCCGCAGGGACACUUCACCGCCUCGGCAGUGUGGCGGUAACCGAUUUAGUGAGUGUGGAGCUAUAUAUUUUUUUUUUUUGCCUUUUGCGGGCUGUAAGGAGUGAAGGAGUCAGUCGCUGUAUUUUGUUUCACUGAGUUUUUGAGGUUCAUUUUUGCCCCUGUAUUUUAUUUGAGAGUGCUCUGUCUUUUAUUUGUCUGUUUUUGGGGACUGCAUAUUGAGCCAUGACAGGCAUUAAUGGUUUUGGUAGGGGGAGAGGGUUCACAGUUUUUACCCCGGUGCCUGCAGUUGGUAGAGGCAGAGGCACGUUUUUAUUUUCCCCUGAAACGUCCACACCAAAGCCGGAGUAUGGUGAUUCGGGCCAAAACGUUAAUAACACUUUUAUUGCUCCACAAGCUGAUGUUAAUGGGAAGCUUUUGAGUGAUAUAGCCUCUAAGAUUGGGCUUUCUAUUGGUGAGAGUAUUGCAACAUGCAUUGAGACACGUCUUGGUAAUGCAGUGGGUUCUGGUGUAGUUGGGACUGCGGCUAAUGAGUCUACUAUGCUGAAUGUCAUUGUUCGCCCUGAUGUGAAGGAGCCGGUGAGUUUUAAAGGGGAUCAUGACUCAUGUUCAGUUCAAGAGUGGGAGGUUUUGAUGUUGUCGUACUUGAAAAAGAAGGGCAUCCCGGUAGCUGAACAAGCUGAGGAAGUACUGUCUAAGCUUGUGGGGAGGGCACGUGAAGUGGUUAAAGUGGGCAUACGCAGUAAGCCAGUUUUGACUCUGACUGACGGACCUGAGCCCAUUUUUGAGAUACUGAAACAGCAUUUCAGUGACACAGUGUCAUCUACCUUGCCCUUAGCAGACUUUUAUGCUACUGUGCCCCACGCUGACGAACACCCCUUUGAUUAUUGGCUGAGACUUAACAAAGCUCUUGAACUGACGGAGGACUGCUUAAGGAGACAGAAUAAGACUUUUGACUAUCUUUCACGUGACUUGGCUGCCAUGUUUAUCCAGAACUGUCCUGAUCCUGAAUUGUCGCUUAUAUUUAAGUGCAAACAAUUAAGCGAAUGGACGGUGGCUGAUAUUCACGAGAAGCUCGUUGAGCACUGCAGGACUCGCAAGCAGCUAGCUAAGCACAGAUUGACCUCUGCUCUGCUUUCCCAGCAUCAGGAAGUUGUUGACUCUGUGCGGAGUGUGGCGCCCGUCAGCGCAGUUCGACCCUCAGCUGCUGUUGUCUCAUCACCUGAUGGACAGUCGGCUGAGAGCUCACCGGAUCGCCUGGACCGGGUCAUCGCCCUGCUUGAACGUGUUCUGGAGCAGCAACCACGUCAGCACAAGCUUCCGUAUAAGUCUAAUGUGCACACACAGAGGAAUCUGCCAAUGAGGUCAAAACCCGUAGUGCCCUGUGCUGUGUGCAGUGAUGAAGGACACACUACUCAGUACCACUGCAGGUCCAAUCAUCUGUGCUUUAACUGUUUUGCACCUGACCACACACGAGCGGAGUGUCCGGGGGCUGUCGCCACGAAGCUCAGGGGCGCUGAGCCGGUGCGGCCGCAGGAAAACUAGAUGGCCUGCAUGUGGUGGGGGCAAGUGUUGGGCCUAAAUGGGAUCCCCUUGGUGCGAGUGUCGAAGAUGACAGGGAGUCUAUGUAUCAAAGUGUAUGUGAAGAGAGGGAGAUGGGACGCACUCCAGUACUCCAAAACAUUCAGAGACUCAAACUACAUGACCAACUGUUUUACGAAGAUGUAACACUGGGCGGGAAGGUGACGGUCAGAGCUUUACUGGACAGCGGAUCCAUGGCGUGCACCCUGAGCUCAAGUGUAAUGCCCCAGUUGUUACGGCAGGAUGUUUUAAAGGGCUCCACCCUUGAGCCGACGAAUACCGUGUUGAUUGGGUGUGGGGGGUCCAGGACCUUACCUGCUGGCAUGUGCGACCUGGAAAUGGAGAUUUACAGCUGCAGAGUGAUUGUCCCAACGCUGGUUGUCGAGAACCAGAGUGAUGAACUGAUUGUUGGCAGUAACCUGUUGAAAUAUGUGAUUAACAGGCUUAAGCUAAAGAGGGAUCUUCAGGGGCAAAGCCCCACAGCGCUCAGUUGCGGUGAUAAUGCAGAGCAGAGGCUGUUAAGCUUGUUUGCAGGGGUGGAGGUUGACGAUGAAGUUGUCCCAGAUGCGAUUGGAACUGUCAAAAUCAAAAGAGCUGUCACUCUGGAACCAAUGACCGAGCAUCUGGUUUGGGGCAUAUUGCAACGAGUGGACAAUACGCUGGCUGGGAGCACAGUUGUUGUUGAGCCAACUGUAACUGGAUCCAGACCAAGGACAGUCAUAGUGGGGAGGUCUGUGUCGAUUCUGAGAGGGGACGGGUGGCUACCGCUGAAGGUGAUUAAUCCGUCAGACAAGCCAGUCACGCUGAGACGUAAUGCUAAGCUGGCUGAUGUGGCUACUUGUGACUCAGUAGAGCUGUUUGCUGGUUCCCAGCUCGGCGUCCAACAACAAGUACAGGUGCCAUCUGACGAAAGUUCGACACAUAGCCUUGUCUCAGAGACCUCCACCCUGCCUGACCAUCCUCAGCCUAGGACACAGUGUGCCGCUAAUUCACUUCAGUCAAAACUAAGUGAAUUGGGACUGUCAGAUGUAGACAUAGAGUCAUGUGAAGUUGCUCCAGAGUUUAAAGCAAGACUUGCUAGUCUUAUUGACGAAUAUCAGUCAAUUUUUUCAAGAGACAAGUUGGAUUGUGGCAAAGCCACUGGUUG